AUGGGCGAGCUUCAUCUGCAGAUCUACGUGGAGCGUAUGAAGCGUGCAUACAGCGUGGACGUGGAGACUGGCGCGCCGCAAGUGAACUACCGCGAGACGAUUCGCCAGCGCAGCGAGUUCGACUACUUCCAUAAGAAGCAAACUGGCGGGGUGUUUGGGUCAAUACGCGCGUGUGCUUGCUCGAAGGGUGUCAACGACGCAAUCCAGAAAGGGUGGCUCAUUGGUCACCCGGUGCAGCGCAUGCGUGUGGUGGUCAAUGACGGUCAGUCACACUCGGUAGAUUCCAGCGAGCUUGCUUUCCGCACGGCUACGGUGCUAUCUAUUCGCCAAGCGUUUAUGAAGGCCAACCCGUGCAUCCUCGAGCCUGUCAUGGCGGUGGAGGUGGAAUUGCCCAACGAGUUCCAAGGGCGAGUUCGCGAUGGAGUACACAAGACACAUGGCAUUGUCGGGCGUGACAUGCAGGAGAAGCUGAUGAACGAGCACGAAAAGGCGCAAGCGGCUAAGAACAAGUAG